CUGGAGAGCUGCAAAAGCAGGUCUUUGUUAAACCCAAGGUAUUCUCUACCUGGUAGUACAGUGGUAAUUACAGGUUGUCAUUGUUACCCUUGCAGAUUCCUGUCUUGUCAGCAUUCCUGCUUCAACCCUGAACGCAGUCACCAUGCCUAGGGGUCAAAAGAGUAAGAGCCGCUCCCGUGCAAAACGCCAGCAGGCACGAAGUGAGCUCCAGGGUCUCCCAGCAGUUCAUCACACUGCAGCGGAAGCAGCAUCUCCUCCUGCUGACCAGAGUGAUGGCUCCAGCUUCCCUGUUGGUUGUACUCUACAGGGGGUGAAAAUCCCUGGAUCUCUUAGUGCAGAUGUGUCUUGCACAGGCUCUGGUGUAGGUGUUGCUGAUAAGCAAAGUUCAGAUGCUACCCAGGUAGUGAGCUACAUUCAGCAUUCACUUAAAGAUCCUAUCAUGCGGAAGGCUAGUGUGCUGAUAGAAUUCCUGCUAGACAAAUUUAAGAUGAAAGAGGCAGUUACACGGAGUGAAAUGCUGGCAGUAGUAAACAAGAAGUAUAAGGAACAGUUCCCUGAGAUCCUCCGUAGAACCUCUGCACGCCUAGAGCUAGUCUUUGGUAUUGAGUUGAAGGAAAUAGAUCCCAACACUCACACCUAUAUGCUGGUAGGCAAACUGGGUCUCUCCACUGAGGGAAGUCUGAGUAGCAACUGGGGGUUUCCCAGGACUGGUCUCCUAAUGUCCAUCCUAGGUGUGAUCUUCAUGAAGGGCAAUCGUGCCAGUGAGCAAGAGGUCUGGCAGUUUCUGAAUGGAGUGGGGGUAUAUGCUGGGAAGAAGCACUUAAUCUUUGGGGACCCUGAGGAAUUCAUAAACAAAGAUCUAGUGCAGGAAAAUUACCUGGAGUACCGCCAGGUUCCUGGCAGUGAUCCUCCAACCUUUGAGUUCCUGUGGGGUCCCAGAGCUCAUGCUGAAACCACCAAGAUGAAAGUCCUGGAAGUUUUAGCUAAGGUCAAUGGCACUGUCCCUAGUGCCUUUCCCAACCUCUACCAGUUGGCUCUUAGAGAUCACGCAGGGGGACCAAGAAGGAGAGAUCAAAGUAGGGCUCGCACUGUUGCCAAAGCCAGGGUUCAUUCCAAGUCUAGAUCCCAUAAGUAGCUGAGUCUGUUCUAUGGUUUCCACAUUAUGUUUGAAGAACGAUCAGCCUCCUAAUUAGUGGAGACUUCAUAGACUACCAGAAGCAAAAUGUAUACACUCUUGACCUUCUAUACAUUAGUAAAAUGUAGAUAUUUUUGUUACUUUGCAAAUAUCCCUUUAAUUAGGCAGUGAUUUGUGCCAUGUUUUAUGUUAGCUGCAUAAAAUGGUUAUUGUCACUUGUCAAUUUAGUACUUAGAGUUUUGUUACUUUGCAACAAACUGGAAAACACUGCUUUCUUUUUACUGAAGUGUUAGUUAACAUUUCAAUGGAAAAGCGAUUUUCAUGGAAAUAUGAUGUCAUACAAUGGUGAAAAAAAAGUAA